AUGAAGGUCAAUCUGAUGAGAUAUUGCUCCGAUUCAACGACUGCAGUGCGACACGUAUCUCCGAGCGCUCGCGGCUCCCAGUUCCUGGAAACAUAUGGCAUUUCAGGAGACCAAGAGCCCUUUCAGAGUCUUGGGGUGGAGGCCGGCAACGCCGAAGGUCCCAAUGAGGUGCUCGCAUGGCUCAUUGAAGAGGGCAGGUCGCUGUCCUGGGUAGUCGCCGCUAGCACGACCGCCAAGUCCCUCGUCGGUAUGGCCAACAGUACGCGGCACAUGAGAACAUCGGGUAGCAGCGUUGCAACGCAAUUGUCACACCUGCAGGCAGCAAUAACGCCAAGUCGUCGGGGCCGUCUUUCAUAA